CUUGCCUCUGACCGUCUUCUUCGCCCCUUUCCUCGUGAAGACGGCUUCAUUUGGGCCUCUCCGUCUGCUGUCCUUCGUUUAAAAACACUCCUUCGGUUUCGUUGUCGUUCGUUCGCAGAUGCGCUCGCUACUUUUCUUUUCGUGCGUUGCCGCACAGGUGUACGCGUUUUCUGCUUUAUCGUGGGAGCAGGCGUACACCCUCGCCAACACGACCGUCGCCAACCUCACCACCUCUGAGAAGAUCGGUAUCCUCCACGGCGUCGGUCAAUUCAACAGCCGUUGCGUAGGCGACACCACCGGCGUCGACCGCCUCGGCAUCCCCGCCCUCUGCAUGCAGGACGGCCCCGCGGGCGUCCGCGCCACCGACGGCGUCACCGGCUUCCCGCCCGGCAUCGCAGUCGCCUCCACCUUCUCCAAGCGCCUCAUGCGCGCCCGCGGGGAGGCCAUUGCCCAGGAAUUCCGCGGGAAGGGCGUCAACAUGUACCUCGGGCCUGCAAUGGAUCUGUCCCGUAAUCCCAAGGGCGGAAGGAAUUGGGAGAGCUUCGGGCCUGACCCAUACCUAAGCGGCGAGGCCGCCUACGAGACCAUUGUUGGUGUACAAGAUGUUGGUGUCAUGGCCUGCGCGAAGCAUUACCUCGGGAACAACCAGGAGCACUGGCGGUAUGGGUACACCUCGAACAUUGACGACCGCACGAUCCAUGAGAUGUACCAUUACCCGUUCCUGCGCGCUAUUGAGGCCGACGUCUCCUCGGUCAUGUGCGCGUACAACCGCUUCAACGGAACCUCAUCAUGCCACAAUGCUGAGCUUAUUGGGUCCAACGGGCUCUUGCGCAAGGACGGUUUCAAAGGCUUCGUGGUCAGUGAUUGGGGCGCCACUCAUGACUCUGCAACCGACAACGCGAACGCCGGUCUCGACAUGGAGCAACCGGGUGAUUGGAUUCUCAUCGGUGGUGGCGUUUACAACCCAGGGCUUAAGUCUGCAGUCAACGAUGGCUCGGUCACUGAACAGACCCUCAACGGCAUGGUCUCCCACGUCCUUGCGCCCUGGUACCGCCUCGGCCAGAAUAGCGACUACCCGUCCCCGAACUUCGACGUUCAACAUGCCGACGGCAGUGGUGACCUCAACGAGCACGUCAACGUUCGUACAGAUGCGACGAAGGCUCUAGUAAGGGAGAUCGCUGGCGCGAGCGCGGUGCUGCUCAAGAACAACCGCACGGCUUCGGGCAGCUACGCACUCCCCAUCGAUGCCUCCAAGCUCUCCAAGGUGGCUAUCAUCGGCCUCGACGCGAAGGAGCCCAAGAAGGACUGCGGCUCGGGCGCCUCCGCAGGCAUGAACCAGUGCAACGAGGGCACCGUAUCAAUUGGCUGGGGCUCGGGGUCGAACUCGCUGGAGUAUCUGGUGCCGCCCGUCGACGCCAUCACCGAAGUGAUCAACUCUACGGCGAAGGCUAGCAUCACCACGUCGCUGUCGAACGAUCUGAAUGACGCGAAGAAAGCGGCGGCAGGGCAGGAUGUGUGUUUUGUAAUGGCGAAUGCGAUGAGCGGCGAGAUGGGCUUCUACCAGUUUGUCGAGGGCAACCAGGGUGACCGGAAUGACUUGGACUUGUGGUACAAGGGUGGCAGCAUGAUCGAAACCGUCGCCUCUGUCUGCAGCAACACAAUCGCCAUCGUCCACUCCGUUGGCCCGGUCUCCUUCUCAUGGAGCGAGCAUCCGAACAUCACUGGCAUCAUUUAUGCGGGCGCGCCUGGCGAGCAAACUGGUCCAGGGCUCGCGGACGUCCUGUUCGGCGCGCGCAACCCGAGCGGUCGGCUGCCGUUCAGUAUUGCAGACAGCGAAGACGACUAUGGCACGGAAAUCGUCUACAAUAGCGCUUCUGGUUUCCCCGAGCUCGAGUACAAGGAAGCUCUCCUCCUCGAUUACCGCUACAUGGACGCCAACAACAUAACUCCUCGCUUCGAGUUCGGCUUCGGUCUCUCCUACACCACUUUCAAAUACUCCGACCUGUCCAUUGCGUCCUCGGGAGAUGGCACCACCGUUACCUUCACCGUCGCGAACUCGGGCAGCGUCGACGGCACUGAGAUCCCCCAGCUCUAUCUCGGCUUCCCGGAGGGCUCCGGCGAGCCCCCGCGCGUGCUGCGCGGGUUUGAGGAGGUGGCGCUGAAGGCGGGCGAGAGCAAGCAGGUGGAGAUGAAGCUGGCGGCGAGGGAUUUGAGUAUCUGGGACGUUGUCAAGCAGUCUUGGGUCCGUCCGCAGGGCACCUUCACUGUUGAUGUCGGCGCGUCGAUCAAGGACGUGCGUUUGACGGGGUCGAUUUGAGCGCGACUAUGUCCUUUCAUGCGAUAAUUUCUUUGGCUUGUUCGACGGACUUUUUCUACUAGUAUGAACUCGUGCAUUCGAAGUGUAUCCCUAAUUCUGUCUCUACUUGAAUCACUGAUCGUGCAAUCACCCUAUACUGCGCUGCAGUGGGGGAUAAUCAGUACAAAUGAGCGCUAAUGGGUCGCUACCGCUGUCAAGACAAAUCAGAAAUAUGUGCUUGUAUUGUCACAUAGAC